UAGAGAGAGAGAGAGUCUAGACCCUUGAAGCUGCGCAUCAAACCAACGUUGAAUUUGUGAACAUGGUAUUACAGGAACGUUAUGCGAUACUUGAGAGGUUCAAAGCGCUUAGAACUUUGAAAGUAGGUUCUACUAUGCUUUUUCGUGAAACAAGAGCUCCGUUUUGUCGUGUGGUUGGCUACAUUUUUGGACUUGACUAUGUAAAGAAACCUUUAUAUAUUGUGAGAUUGGAAUCGGAGUCAGAUUUCCAACUGCCUCUCGGUACACGUCUCCCUCUAAUCCACGAUGAAUCUGUAGAAUAUAUUGAUGAAGAGGAUCUGUUCAAGAUAUUUCAUGAUCCAGCAAAGACUGACGUCUUUGAUGAAGAAGAAGAAGAAGAAGUUAAUGAUUGCCAGAGUACAACAACAAAGAGGAGAAGGAUGAGUACUAAUGAACAAGAAAUCAUUAACUCAAAUCAUUAUGAUGGGAGCAGUCAGUUUUCAGAACCAAACCUUGGCGCACAAGGAUUAACAGGGCAGAACAAUUCUAACCAACUUCUUUGUAUGCAGCCGCAUCAUAUGGACGUUGUUCCCAAUCUAUCAAGAUUCAAUGAUGUACAACCAACAACAGCUCGAUCAACCGAACCAAAUGGGAUUUUUUCCCACUCUACCCCCAAGUCUAGCUCCAGUGACGCCAAUGAUGUACAACCAGCAGCUUGGUUUCAGGAGCAGUCAGCUUACAGAACCAAACCUUGGCACACAAGUACCAGCUAUGCUUCUCAGACAACCUUUUGGUAUGCGCCAACAACCUUUUCUCAAUGCAACAGCUCCAAUGAUGUACAACCCGCCGCAGCAAUUCAUGAGACCUGA